AUGCGCGCUCACUAUCUCGUCGUUGGCUUGCUCGGUCUCGCCGGCCUUGCCUUCGCCGCUCCUACUCCCGAGGCCACUGCCGUCUCCCUCAUCGCGACUUCCCAGCCUUCCUCGAUCGCCACACCCGACUUCCUUCCCCGCUGCAACAUGGCUGAGCCCGCCAACCAGUGGCUCAUGACCAUCUGCGGCAGCCACGGCUCCGCUUCCACCAUCCCCAACACCUGGCCUGGCGUCUGCGGUGUACUCACUGGCGGCGUUGCGUACGAGGUCACUUCCACGGCUCAGGUCCCUGAGCUCAUGUGUAAAUUCUACGAUGACAGCGACCUCUGCAACAGCGACUUUCUCGUCGCUACGUUCCAGCAUCAUGAACAAAUCCCCGAGCAUCUUGGGAAGAGGAUCAAGUAUGUUCAGUGUGGUGCAUUGCCGACUUUAUCAGGCAGUGGUGGGCUUGAGGUGAGGGCUAAUGAUGCUUCUCCGGUCCUGGAAGCAGAAGACAUCAAGCACGCCGAGGCAGAUGACGCUCUUCCUCUCCAUGACCUCAACCCCACCCAACCCGAAGACACUUCAUCUUGGUCCCCAUCCCCCUGUAUGAACCCCGGAUCGGACUACUACUUCUUGAUCGUCUGCGGCGGUGGCAACGCCAACUGGAUCCCCAACAAUUGGAUGAACGCGUGUGUGCGGCUGUCCGAUACCGUUGGGCAACACGUCGGCACUGUUAUUCAGAACGCGCACAUCAUGUGCAAGUAUUACGACGACAGUAACGAGUGCGAUGGCAACUUUGAAGCGUACUCCGACAAUACUUCAAAGGACAUCGAGAUCUUUUCGUAUCCACCCCAGGUCGGAAACAAGCUCAAGUAUGUUAAGUGCCAGAAGGGUGAGUGGCGCAGGGGUGUUGCAUCUUCCUCCGCCUGUAUGAACCCCGAUGCGAGCCACUACUUCCUGUCUAUCUGCGGCGGUGGUAAUGCCAAUAACAUCCCCAACGGGUGGAUGAACCAGUGUGUGUCGCUGACCGAUAACGUUGGGUACCACGUCGAAACUAUGACUCAGAAUGCGCGCAUUCAGUGCAAGUACUACGACGACAGCAACGCGUGCAAUGGCAACAUCGAAGGGACCUCCAUUACUUACGAGAAAGAGGAGAGCUUUACGAUUGAUCCUGAGGUUGGAAAGCGGAUCAAGUAUGUCAUGUGCACGAUUGGUCAGUGGCGCAGGGACGUUGGUGAGAUUGAAGCUCGAGAGGCCGAUGCUCCUUCCGAGUCACCGGAGAAAAUCAUCGACGCCAAAUUCGCAAAGAAAGCCUGGGCCUGCCAGGAACCUCUCCCAGGCAUAGCCUACCAGGUACUGCUAGUCUGCUCUCAAGCCUACGCCCAACAGAUCCCGGAAAUUCACAAGACAGACUGUAUGAGGCUGGCAGACCCAGUUGCGCUUCACGUCGACAGUUUCCUACAAGACGCGAAUAUGACCUGCGACUUCUACGACAGUAGCAACGGAUGCUCCGGCAAACAGAUUUUCCACUCCACGACACGGGAAGAACAAUAUCGUUUCGAUAUUGAUUCGAAGUGGGGAACUUGGAUCAAGCAUGUGAGGUGUCGCUGGGACGAUACGUGGUACCAGACUGGUGGGAUUGAAGCUCGAGAGGUCGAUGCUUCUUCCUCUUUGGAGGUUUUGGUCGCUCUGGAAAUCGUAGUCGCUCCAGACACCGACGCCUCUCCAGACGCCGACGUUUCACCAGACUGGGCCUGCGUGAACCCGGGCCCGGAUAAUCAAUACUUGGUUGUCUGCGGCCAUGGCGCAGGCCAACUCAUGACCAAUAAGCUCUUGGGUGCCUGCCUGGAGCUAAACGCAGGUGUCACGCAUAACGUCGAUUCCUUCCUUCAAGAUUCAGGUCUGAUGUGUAGGUUCUACAAUGACCCCCACUUGGACUGCAAGGGCGAACCCAUCUACAUCGCUCAAACUCUGAAUAAGCAACACAUUUUCAAUAUCGAUGCGAAGUACGGGACUAGGUUCAAGUAUGUUCAGUGUUAUAAGGGCGACCACCGGCGGAGCGACGUUCCUGGGAUCGAAGCUCGAGAGGCAGAUACGUCUCUCGAGGCGCCAUCUAUCGCGGCCGAAGAACCGUCGGGGCCCAUCGCACGACUCAUCAGCGACACCGGCCACACCUUCGAGUAUCAAGAGAACUUCGCUGGGCUCUGCAUCAAACUCCGCGACGGGGUCUCUCGUCAUUUGACGUACAUAGCCUUAGUCGACCAUACCCUCUGCAGGUUCUACGAGAGCGGCUGCGGUAUCAAGCCUCUCUUCAUUGCAAAGAGCGAGACCCCCUAUACCAGGAUCGCUGUGCCUUUGGAUGUCAGCAAGAAACUCACUCACGCUGUCUGUGGGCCUUCGAAUGCCCCCCACAAUGAGAUCGAUGCGCGAGCCGAUGCUAUUUCUCUCGAAGCGACGUCUAUCGCGAUCGAAAGCGCGACCGAGACGACUACGAACGCCAACUUGCGGACCGUCGCGACUGUCUUUGCCGAAAACGGUGGACCUCUUCUCGUCCGGGAGAACUACAUCAAUUACUGCAUCAAACUCAACUCUACAACGGCUUACCACGUCACCCGCGCGGCUGUCAUUGGUAACAUUGCCUGCAGGUUCUCCGAGUACGGUUGUCUGAAUGACCCUCUUCUCGUCGUCGGAGCCGAUCACUAUGUCGAUGAACCGGUACCAUCUGACCUUGGCAAGAGGAUUACUCACGUUAUCUGUGAACACCAGGCUCCUCGCACUGAGAUCGAGGCGCGAGCGGAUGCUACAUCUCUUGAAGCGAGCCCGGCGGCCGCUUCAGCAACAAUCAUAGCGAGGAUCUACAGCAGCACAAGCAACAUGGCUGUUCUCAGCGACAACGACAAAGCCUGCGUUCGGUUCAAAGACGAUAUGUCCCAUGAUGUUACCAAGGUAGAAAUGGGAGCUCACACUUUCUGCGUGUUCUACAACAACGCUUGCAGUCGAGCCAAAGACCCCGUCUUCACCGCUUCGACCACGGAGGGGUACUUCAGUCGAAACGUGCCAGCAGAUGCUUCCAAGGAGAUUACCCACGUCAUUUGCGGAUUCAAACACCAUGAUGCGAUGGAGACACGAGCGGAUGCUACAACGGCAUCUUCGGGAACCCUUGCACAAAUUUUCAGCAGCACAAGCUACACGUCUGUCCACGACAGCCGAGCCUGCGUUACGUUAGGAGACUAUGUUUCCCGUGAUGUUACCAAGGUAACUGUUGGAGCUCACACUCUCUGUGUGUUCUACGACAACGAUUGCACCCUAGCCAAAUACCCCGUCUUCAGCGUUUCGACCGAUAAGGAGCAGUUCACUACUCGAGACGUGCCAGCGGAUGUUGGCAAGAAGAUCACCCACGUCCUUUGCGGGAAGAAAGACGGUUGGGCCAACGUCGAAGCGCGAGCGGAUGAUACAUCUCUCGAAACAACAGCCCAGAAGACGAAGAUGGCCCGAGUCUUCGGCGAUACAGCCGACUUGUACAUCUAUGACGACAACGAUGCGGACUGCGUUGCGCUCAGCAAGCAUGUGGCUAAUGACGUUGUCGGAGUACAGCUAGAAGCCGGUAUUCUCUGCGUGUUUUACACCAAUGCCUGCAAUAUAGCCAAGUUCCCGAUUUUCCGCGCUUCGAAUUCUGGGCCCGGUACCUUGCAUGUGGAUAUCCCGGGGUAUACUGGCCGCGACAUCUCGCACGUCGCUUGCGGGAAGAAGCAUACUCUUGAUGCUGAAAUCGAUGCGUGGGCGGCUACUACACUGGUUAUCGAUGCGCGAGCGGAAACUUCACCCACUAUCAAUGCGCAGGCGGUUACUACACCCAUUGUCGACGCCACGGCACUGACGACUCUACACUUGGAUGGUCCAGAAAUUGCCAGGGUAUUCAGCAAGACUGCCAUGUUUGGUAUUAAAGAUGAAGACGCCAAUACCUGCAUCCCACUUGGCGACUCCAUUGCGAAUGAUCUUUUCGCCGUGGCCGUACACGAAAACGUCCUCUGCAGGUUCUGGAAGGACAGCUGCAAUGUAGCCAAGGGUCCUCUGUACCAGCUUCACUCGAACAAGGGGGAUGUUGCUUCUAAAGUGCCUUCCGACGUUGGCAAGCAGCUUACUCAUUUCAUGUGCAUGCGUACUGAGCCCCAAGCUGCAAUCUUUACGCCAGAAGCACUAGAGACGAUGGCUGACAUUGGAUACAUGGCCUUUUUCUUCAGCAGCACCUCCCAGCUUGGUAUCAACGAUUGGGACGCCAAGAAGUGCAUCCCGCUUGGCGACUCUGUUGCGCAUGAUCUCUUCGCUGUGGCUGUCCCCCAGAACGUCUCCUGCUCGUUCUACAAGGACGGCUGCGAUGUAUCCAAGAGCCCCAUUUUCCUUGUUGCGUCGGGCCAGGGGGGUGGUGGUGUCCACGAUGUGCCCUCGGAGAUUGGCAAGAGGCUUACUCACGUCAUUUGUAUGCGUGUGUAUACACAGCCCCACGCCGAGAUCAUUGCGCGAGAGGAAGUUUCACCGUCCAAUGUAGCUCUCAUCACUUCCGCGGCCUCGACAGGCAACACACCGGAUCCAGCUACCGACAUGACAAUUACCCAGACCGAAUACCCCAGGGACGGGUACAGCCCCGUAGACCUCGCAGUCGGCAGCCUUUUCACCUGCUCGUAUGAGCAAACCGAUAGCUGCUGGAUCAUGGAUGCACUCAACGAUUGCUUAGAAUUCCCUUCGAACACCGCGCACAACGUCAUGAUCCUCGAGCAGGCUAAGGGGUCGUAUUGUUGGUACUACAACAAGCCUGGGUGCAAGGAUAGUGAUGAGGUUUUCCAUCACACAUCGGCGCCAGACAAUCCGAGUGCAUUUAUUGGGACCUACUUCAAGGAUCUCGCGAGUGUGGUGUGCGGAGGUCCCGGUGUGACAUCUGAGAUGGAAGUCAUUCCCCACGACCAUCGUAUCGAAAAGAUCACCAACAUUGACUCGCGCAUCUACGCCAACCAUAUCAGCAAGCGCGACUCUCUCCCCACGGACUCGCCACCCGCAUGGACACUCCCUAGAGCCAUCCGGGUAGGCGAAGUGUUCGCCUGCUCCGAAGACCAUGCCUCCGGCUGCUGGUACAUCAACGCCCAAAAUAAAUGCACGAAUUUUCCGGCCCAGGUCGCCCAUAAGUCCCAGUUCAUCAUGCAAGCCAAGGGUACAUGGUGCAAGUAUUACCUUGAAGCCGGCUGCUCGCACGAAGCGUGGCAGUACGUAUCGACUCCCACGGAUCACACUACGUUUGGGGUCAAGACCAACUUGGUUGCGAGCGUGGAGUGUCAAGCUUCUAAGGUGACUGCGAACGAGGUCACCAAGCGCGACUGGCCCCCAGGCUCAACAACAGUCUGCCACCAAGCGCACUACCAGUUCUGCACCGACAACGCCAUCAACGCUAUUCAGCAGUGCGCCAACUUUGCUCCUGCGGAUCAGGGCCCGGUCUCGAUUAUUCAGUAUGGCGGCGCGUACUGUAAGUGGUACCGCGACUUUGGCUGUGGAGGUGGAGAGGACAAGUCGCCCAUGAGCAUUGAUUCAAGGGGUGGAGAGCAGUGGGUUGAUGACUUGGGUGUGGAGGAUAGGUUCAAGAGCGUCAAGUGUGAGACGUAUCAGUGGUAG